AAGAUAUGUAUCUAGGUCACCAGGACUUAAGUCAGCAACAGAUCUGUGAGAGAAUCCACAGAAUUCAGAGGACAUAGGACUCUGAUGUGACUAUGAAACUAGCUGGAUAACGAUGAGAAAUCCUGCCCUGGGAAUUAUGAAAUACCUUGAUAGAUCAUCCACUCCAUGACAGCCCUUCAAUAACAAGUAGUCUGGAGGUUUCGACUGGAGGAUGUAUAAAAAAAGCUUCGUCAUUCCUGGUCCCAUAAAACCUCAGUCUCCUCCUGGGGUGACUUGUCUACUAAUCUUCCUGGAAGAUUUAACAUUUUAGCCGAUCAAUGUCACAGCAGAAGCAACAAUUUUCAGAGCUGCCAAAUGCUCCCAAACAUUCACCUCCCAAAGGCCCAAACCUCUGUCUGACUGCCUGCUCCACGUCUUGUGGGACUUCAGCAGGCUGUUCUUCCCACUCGAACAGGCCGAGGCUUCGGAACACUGUCAACCGCAAGAAAGUUCACCACCCACAACCUCGCUGUCUUCGGGGUGGUACCACCUACCACUGCAAAGAAGAAGAGUGCUAAGAGAAUGGGCACAAAGGAGGGUAAAUAGCUAUAGUAACCUCUCCACCUAGACUCAUGAAUUCCACCAGGAAGGCCAGAUCCUUCACCUCUCUUGGCUAGAAAAACAUUUCUUGUUUCUUUCUUCAGUCUCCUCUUUCAGUUCAACAACAAUAAAAUUGAUCAUGGUGCAUGGCUUUGACUUCUAUGAGUCCUUGAGACCCUGGUCAGAAGUACAAAGGACCCUCAAGUGGGUUCUUCUCUUCUCAGGGACGGGUUUCUGGGAAUUUGUGUUUCAGUUCUCUGUAGCUUCAUAACAAUACAUUUAUGUAGAAGACCUAUUGUAUAUUGAUCUUUGUGUUUAAAGAUGCAUGCGGGAUAUUUAACCUUUUGCUAGAAAAAGUUAUGGUCGAGUGGGAGAAGUAAGGUAUAUUUGAGUUUAAAUAACAUGGAUUAAUAAAAUGAAUGCCUAUUAAAAAGCA